UGAGAAGUACAUUUCAGUUCAAGUCCCUCUCUAAGACGGUUCAGUAGCACAUUAUCGUUGUUCAAAUCGAAAUCGCUAUGGGUCGUCUGAUAUUAUCAAUAUUGAGUUUCCUGCUUUUGAGGUCAUUGCCGACGCACUGCACUGCAUCCUGUUCUGGUUUCGGCUAUGAACUACUAACAGGGAAAAUGGAAGCACUGGAAGCUGAAGUAACGAGUAUCGGUCGGUCUGUUGAAAAGGUGAGCCAAUUGUUAAAAUCAAUGCAAUGUACGGAGCAAGCCUACGAGUCCUGUGAUAAAGUGCCAUCGAAAAAAUCCGGUGUUUAUCAAAUUAAAAUUAAUUUUCACCAAAUUACGGGCGUGUUGUGCGACCAAGAAUAUGAUAGCGGAGGCUGGGCCGUCAUUCAGCACCGCUUCGAUGGAUCGGUCAACUUCUACCGUGAAUGGAGCGAGUACCAACGAGGAUUUGGUAGCUUCGAAGGAGGAGAGUUUUGGCUGGGAUUGGACGUGAUUCAUCAAUUGACCUAUUCGGCGCCCCACGAGAUGGUUGUGUUGCUUGAGGACUUCGAAGGAAACUCAACGUUCGCCAAGUUGGAUCGGUUCGAAGUGGCCGGGGAACAAUCCGGCUACAAAGUGACGCUGGCCGAGGGGUUCAGUGGACCAGCUGGAGAUUCGUUUACUGGUACCAAGGGCGCGUUGUUCAGUACACUCGAUAAGGAUAAUGACACAUGGUCUAGUAGCUGCGCAGUAACAUACCACGGAGCGUGGUGGUAUACCGCAUGCCAUUCGAGUAAUCUCAAUGGGAAAUACUCGAAAGGCAAUACAACUGAAUACGCCACGGGAAUGGUGUGGUAUUCAUUUAGGGGACACCAUUAUGCACUAAAAUCUUCCAAAAUGAUGAUUAGGCGCAAGAAAUUGUAAAAUAAUUUCUAUAAUAAUGUAUUUUGUACCGCUAGUUUUAUUUUUAGUCCUCAUUGGCUAAUAACAAAUUUAGAGCCUGAGAAUAACCGUUGUUAAUUUUGUUUUAAAUUGAAUGUGCUUCAAAUUAUAUAGGUAAAACAUACAGCGCUACAACUAUUUUGAUUAAAGCAUGGUAUUGUUGUGUCAGUGAUGAGACAACGUUAGAAAAAUCGCUAGAGCGUUCAGGAAGUAUAAUAAAAAUAAAAUCAAUUUAAGAAGACUGAAAUAAGUAAGAAGACAGCAUCGAUACUUCUUUAUCCCCUUAUUUUCUUGAUCAAAAAUACAACAGUUGGGAC